AUGGUAAACACAAAUUCAGACAACGGCAAUGUAGAGGAGCACAUGGAUGGCCUGUAUUUCCUCUACACUGAGAAUGGCGUCAUCUACCAGACCUUCUGUGACAUGACCUCUGGGGAUGGCGGCUGAACCCUAGUGGCCAGUGUGCACGAGAACCACAUUCCUGGGAAAUGCACGGUAGGUGAUCGCUGGUCGAGUCAGCAGGGCAGCACGGCAGACUGCCCAGAGGGGGAUGGCAACUGGGCCAACACGUUUGGGUCUGUAGAGGCGUCCACCAGUGAUACAAGGUUGAAUCCUGGUUACUAUGACAUCCAGGCCCAGGACCUGGGCAUGUGGCAUGUGCCCAACAAGCGCCCCCUGCAGCACUGGAGGAACAGCUCCCUGCUGAGGUACCGCACCAACACUAGCUUCUUCCCGAAUCUGGGACACAAGCUGUUUGGACUCUACCGGAAAUACCCAGUGAAGUACGGAUCAGGGAGCUGUCAGACUGACAAUGGCCCAGCUAUUCCUCUGGUCUAUGACUUUGGUGAUGCUGAGAAAACUGCAUCUUACUCCUCACCAGUUGGUCAGCAUGAGUAUCUGUUUCCAAAGCCCCGUCAUCCAUCCUUCCCUGCACUCUUGGGGAAAGUGUAA